CUCUAGGGUUUUUUUUUUCCCAUUUUUCUCGCUCGCACAAAAAAAAGAUUCAAUCAACUGGAUUUAGACUACCAAUAAUUUGCAAUCAAAGCAGAAAGCGAAAUGGAUCUAGAGUUGGUGGGACGCCAUGCGCUUCUUUUUGAUGACGACGCCACGGCGUCGUUCGUGAAUUCCGGUGACGCCCUCGUUGAUUGGCACUCCCUCCAAAUUGACCGGUAUGACGUCCGUCACUUACUCACCGCUCCGCCGCCGCCCCGCCGCCGGAGUCGCAAUUCCCAACCUCUUUUCUCUGAUGACCCUUUCUUUGAAUCUCAACUCGAUCAUGAGCGAUAUCUUGAUCUCCCUCCUACUCCUGAUCAAUCAGGUAUAAUGAAAAUUCCUAACUUUCAAUUGAGCUUGUAAUGUUUUUGCUUCUUUAUUAAUUGUUUUUAAGGCGUCAAAAGUGCUAUUUAUUUUCUUGAAGAGAUAAUUAUUUAGGGGGAGCUUGGGGGAGGGGGUUGCCGAGACCCUUUUUGGUGAAAUGUGUUAUUGAAAAAAUUUCAACUAAGCACCAAAAUGAAAAUGACGAGUGACAAUUUUUUUCUCAACCUUAUCAAGGAGACACUGAAUGACACGAAGAAACCCAGACCUUCCUGAUGUCUGCUAUAUUAGCAGAUAACUCUCCAGUUGUGAAUAUUGAACUUCAUAUGUUGCCUUUAACUAUUGUUAAUAUCUAUUACGAGCUUUGGUAGAAUAUAUGGUGCCACGAUCUGAAUCCAUUUUAUCAAUUUUCUCCGAGACGAUGAUAGAAUUUUUUUUUAAGUGAAAGCUAUUCGUUUUGUCUGUCAGACAAAAAGCUGACAUAGGUGUUAUGGGUAGAAUUUUCCCAACUUCUGGGGAAUUGAAUGGAUUUUGCACCCCCCUAUUAUAUGCGGGCCUUUGUUAAGAAAAAGCAACCCUUAUUAGUUUGUUCUAUAAAGAAAAAGAAUUGCGGAGAAGGAUGCAAUUUACAGCUAAUAAAGCUACUAAUAAUGAAAAUGGAAAAUUGCGUAGAGAUUGUGAUUUUGGAGGCAGUGUUGUUGUUGGGGUGAAAUAAAUUUAUUUUGAAGUCUCCUUAAAAAACAGGGUAGUCCAAAGGAAGGAUCGAGUAACUUUCUAGUUUGUGCUGGUAUGUACUUCUCUGCAAUAUGCUUUUGAGUUUGCAGGAGGGCUGUAAACUAUGUUGCUUCUUCCAUUUACAAAGUUACAAGAGUUUGAAAAGCCAACAAAUACUGGUGGUUACCGCGCUGUUGCCUUCUCUUAUGGAAGCACUGAUGAUUCUGCUGACCAAAGGAAUGCUGAUGCUGGGUUGGAAUCCUCUAGAUUUUGUCCUUCCUUCCCUGUUCCUGAUAACCUUUCUCAAAGCUUGGUAAGUUUGGGGUUUUCAGCCUAAGGAUUUUGAGUAAUUCGAUAUGUCCUUGAUCUUUUUCUUGCUUGCUGACUGGAUUUCUCCAAGAUGGCCAACUAAUAAUUGUCUAAGGUGCAUAUGUUAUCUAAGGCUCAUCAUGUCUGAGUUUUCAGAUUCUCGGAGCAGGGACUGACUUGUGACCUAAGGUUGCCAUACACAGGCACUUUCUUUCGUUUGUUGUCAUGACAUAACGCCGUGCAGGUGGGAUUAGGAUAGAAAUUUUCUUUAUGAUGACUAUCAGUUUGCCACUUGAGAGGGCAUUUGUUAUGUAUAUGAUCUGUAGGGCUCUGGUUAUUGUGGUAUGAUUAUUCUAGCUUGUUAUUUCAAUAGCUUAAUGUCUUAAUUAAUACUUUGCAAAUUUUAACUUUGACAUAUUGUUGAGAAGUUUAGAGAUUCUAAUAUUUGAUGGAGUUCUCUUUUCUUUCUUUCUUGCUUUGUGCCUCUUUUUUCAGCCUCCAACAGAGAAGCUACAUCAGAUAAUUUCGAGGACUGCCACGUUUGUCAGCAGGCAUGGCAGUCAGUCAGAGAUUGUUCUGCGGGUGAAACAGGGAGAUAAUCCGAUCUUUGGGUUCUUGAUGCCUGACCAUCGUCUUCAUGCUUACUUCAGAUAUCUUGUUGACCACCCAGAACUUUUGCAUUCUGACAUUGAUGGAAAUUCUCAAAAUGAGGGUAGAAAGGCUGGCAGUGAGCACAAUGAUCUGGACAGCAUAGGAGGGGGAGCGUUGUCCCUGCUUGGAUCUGUAUAUGGGUCUGGGGAGGAAGAGGACGGUGAAGAUAAUGCAGGAGCUUCUGGGGAACCUGCUAGUGCUGUUGAUAAAACCAUUUCUUGUGGGUUGGAGAAGAUAGAAUCAAGUGCAGAUGCAGCUGACAAGUAUGGGGCAGUAUCGAAGAACCCGCUUUCUAAUAAAUCUAAUGUGCUUGCAGUGAAGAAGAAUUCUUUGAUUGGUGCUUCUAAGGCUGGAAGUGCUGGUGGCACUAAGAAGAAAGUUGACUCUGCUUCAUCCUCUAUAGCUGCAGAGAAGUCAAAGGGUUCUGCUUUAGGAGUGACCCCUAAGGUGGAACCUUUAGUUCUGGAGCCUCCGUCUGAUUUAAAGAGAUUGAUAUACAAGAUAGUAGAAUUAAUUACGAAAUAUGGAAAGCAGUUUGAGGCAACUCUUCUGGAGCAAGAUUUCAAUAAAGAGAGAUUUCUUUUUCUUCUACCAUCAAAUCAGUAUCAUCCUUACUACUUAAAAGUCCUCCAAAAAGCUCAAGAGUCGAAAGUAAAUGGCAAGGGAUUCCAUUUUGGAAAAGAUGACCCAGUAGGACGAGGGAUGGACAAGAAAGCUUCUGUACUCGGGGAAGGUGAUUUUUCGUUCUUAGAUUGUCACAAUCCAUUUGAAUUUGACAGGAAAGAGAAGUUUAAGAUGACAAUAGGUAAAUCUAAGAAGGAUGCACAGGAGACUGAAUGCAGAGGAACACAGCAAGAAUUUGGAGUCACUGUAGAUGCUGCUUCUGCCGCCGCUAUUCUUCAGGCUGCCACAAGAGGCAUCAAGCAUCCCAAUUUGGGAAUAAUUUCAAGCACACCUCUGAAUGUUUAUCAUGGCCGUAGCAGUGAUGAUAAUCAGGCUACGAGUUUAGGCACUCUCCCUUAUUCUCAGCCGCAUGGCAUGAUUGAAAAGUCUGAUAGGAAUGAAGGUCAUAAUGUUUCUGGUCCUGCGACCAAGACAAUUGCUAGAACAGCUGCUCUUGAAGCUGCUGGUGAGGCUGAUUCUUCUGAGGCACACCUGACCAAGGAGCAAAAGCUGAAAGCUGAGAGGCUCCAAAGGGCUAAAAUGUUUGUUGCCAUGUUGAAAAGUGGAGCUGUGCCUUACAAAACUGGAACAUCGCGAGGCUCGUCAUUAGAACCUCAAGAAUUGGGUCUCACGAAAUCUGCUGGUGAGGUGAAUCUUUCCGGUAAACAACGAGAAGGCAGCUCUGCUCCUGUAGAUUUAAAUAAGCUGGCUACUGAUGAAAAGCCAGAGAGGGAUAAUUUUGCUGCGGAGCAUAUUGGGCGAGUAUCAAGAAGGAAGUAUAGAUCAAGAUCUGGGGAGGACGAGGACGAGGAUGAAAAUGGAGAAAAAAAUGCACAUAAUGAAGGGAAACCAAGACGGAAGUACAGGUCAAGGCCUGGGAGACACGAGGAGAAUGAUGUAAAUGGAGAAGAAACAGAGAUGAAGCACUCAAGGAGGGAGCACCGUUCUCAUUCUUCUUCUCUGGAAGAUGGAGAAAAAAGUGAAGAGGACAGGGAACGCGAGCGCUCAAAAAGGAAGCACCGGUCUCGUAUUUCACCACAAGGAGAAGAUGACUAUGAAGACAGGGAGAGGGAGGAAAAAGAUCGUAAACGAUCUAGGAAGAAGCAUCGAUCUCACCAUUCUUCUAAACACUCAAGGAAGAGGCAUUCAUCCAAGCAGCAUUCAUGUGAAGAAGAGGAUGAAGAAGAUGAAGAGGAAACGCACAACAGGCACUCAGGGAAAAAGCACCGUUCUUCACACCAUAGCAGAUGCAGUCGUAGGCACAAAGAAAGGUAUUCUUUGAGAGAGAGAGAAUCUCGAGACUACACCAAGGAAGAUGGCUCUUCUGAUGAAGAGCAUCAGCGCUGUAAUAUCCCAGAUAAACAUAAAAAGGGAUCUGACGUAGAAAGAGAUGAGUUGGAGGAAGGUGAGAUCAGCUCCAAAGCUUCAGGUGAUUCUAGAGGAAUUGCUAGCGCCCAUGUCAGUAGAGAACCUUCACUUGAUGCAUCAAAUUUGUACCAGAGGGCACCAUCAUCUCAACCUCAGGAAGCAAUGACUGAGGUCUCGGAUGAUCUUAGAGCCAAAAUCCGUGCAAUGCUGAUGGCAACGCGGUAGUAACUUCGUUUCCAUCAAGAUUGGUAAAAUUGAAUGGAGAUGUAAUAACAACAGAGAGAUGCAAAACAAAAAUAUUUAAAAGUUGCUUCAAAAUUGUAAACUUGUAAAAUGUUGUUGUCCUUGUUUACGGAAAAUCAAAAUCAAUCUGUGCUUCAAUAUUUUCCA